AUGGCAACCCCGGAUAGUGAGCCUAACCAGCCCGCGCUGGGCAUUGGAGGUCACGACUUCAACAGCGAGAGCCGAGACCGUCCAGUACCUAGCCAGUACAAGAGCAUCAUUACAGUUCUGGUGGGCGAGUUCUGCGGAACAUUCAUGUUCCUGCUCUUGUCCUUUAUCGGAGCACAAGCAGCCAUCGACAACAAUAACCCCAGUGACCCGUCAGCCCGCCUGUCACCCUCGAGUCUCUUGUUCAUCGCAGCGUCUUUUGGUGCUGCCGUGGCCGUUAAUGUCUGGAUCUUCUUUCGUGUAACUGGAGGCAUGUUCAACCCUGCUGUUACCCUCGGACUGGUUCUCGUUGGUGCUGUCUCGCCUAUAAGAGGAGCAUUGGUCUUUCCCACUCAAAUUGUUGCUGGCAUCGCAGCUGCGGCCGUCACCGAUGGGUUGCUUCCAGGCCCGCUGGGCGUUGCAAAUACUUUGGGUGAUGGAACAAGCAUUGUGCAGGGACUCUUCAUCGAAAUGUUCCUCACUUCUCAGUUGGUUCUGACUGUCUACUUCCUCGCGGUCGAGAAGCACAGGGCCACCUUUCUUGCUCCGAUCGGUAUCGGCAUCGCCGUUUUCAUCGCCCACAUUUGCGGUACCAACUUUACCGGUACAGGCAUCAACCCAGCACGAUCUUUUGGUCCUGCCGUCGUGACAAGGUUUGUCGGAUACCACUGGAUUUAUUGGCUGGGCCCUGUCAUGGGUUCGGUGUUGGCCUAUCUUCUCUACACACUCUUGAAAUGGCUAGACUACACCACUGCCAACCCCGGCCAGGACUCUGAUGACCUUGAGAGGGGUCACCAUUAUGCUGCUCAACCGCCCUCCAACCUGUCAGAGAAACGGCUCAAUCUAGCCAGCCGAGAUAGCACAGCUCGGGGUAGCAAUCCCUAG